CACUGCAAAUAUCAUUAAAAAAAGUAAGAAAUUUAAAUGUCAUCCAAAAUAGUAAGAAAUAUUACAACCCAAAGAUAUAUUUUAGACCCUCCAAAGCCUGUGAAGUGGAAGGCAUGAUUUCUCUAAUCAACACUCUAGUUUGUAAUCUGGCAGUGGAGGGCGUGAACUUGGUUUACAAAUAUUGUUUUUGGAACCGAAAUUUGUGACCGCUGUCAAGUUUCGAGUUAUCGUUGUAGCUGUUUAAGUCCUCAAGUUUCGUUUGAUCAUAAGUUAUAAGAAGUAAAAGAUGACUUCAGAAUUUAAUGCUAAAGAUCAUCCACAUACUAGAUAUAAUCCUUUGAAUGAUAAAUGGGUUUUAGUAUCACCUCACCGUGCCAAGAGACCAUGGCAGGGACAAAUAGAGAAAGCCCAAGAAGAAGAAAUACCACCUCAUGAUCUAAACAAUCCUCUAUGUCCUGGAGCAAAAAGAGCUAAUGGAAUGAUGAACCCUUAUUAUGAUGGCACUUAUGUCUUCACAAAUGAUUUUCCAGCACUUCUGGAAGAUGUUCCAUCACCAGAUGAAUCAUCUCACCCUUUAUUUAAAGCAGAUGUAGCAAAAGGUACAUGUCGGGUUAUGUGCUUCCAUCCAAAAUCGGAUAUUACUUUACCUCUGAUGUCUAUAGAAGAAAUAAUAAAGGUGAUUGAUGCAUGGAUCAAAGAACUCCUUGAUUUGGGAGCCAGAUUUAAAUGGGUGCAGAUUUUUGAAAAUAAAGGGAAAAUAAUGGGAUGCUCGAAUCCCCAUCCUCAUUGCCAAAUUUGGGCCAGUUCAUUUCUUCCUGAUGAACCAAGAAUUGAAGAUAAGCAGCAAUAUGAAUAUUUUUUGAAAAAUGACUCAAUUUUAUUGUUAGAUUAUCUAAAUGAGGAACUUAAGACAAAGGAACGUGUUGUAUUAGAAAAUGAAGGUUGGGUUGUCUUGGUUCCUUAUUGGGCAAUUUGGCCUUUUGAAACAAUGUUGUUACCAAGGAGGCAUAUCCUUAGGUUAUCUGAUCUAACUGAAGAAGAGAAGUAUUCUUUGGCAGCUAUAAUGAAGAAGCUACUAACCAAAUAUGAUAACUUGUUUAAUACUUCUUUUCCUUAUUCUAUGGGAUGGCAUGGAGCCCCAACUGGUCCUGAUGUUAAAGAUUACAGUUAUUGGCAGCUGCAUGCUUCAUAUUAUCCUCCUUUAUUACGUUCAGCUACUAUAAAGAAAUUCAUGGUUGGAUAUGAAAUGUUAGCUCAGGCUCAGAGAGAUUUAACUCCUGAACAGGCUGCAGAAAGACUAAGAAAUUUGUCAGAGGAACAUUACAAACUGACUAAAAAAUAAAAAGGACCUUCCUCAUAAAGUAUCAAGCCAUUGUCACUCCUAGAAUAUGAAAAUAAAAUCAAAAAGGUUUUAAUGGGAUUUAUAGAAAAGCUAUGUGUUGUUUUAUUGUGAAAUUUUGUCUGUUUAAAAAUUGUAUGAAUUACUUUAUUUGAAUUUCCUAUAAAUUAUAUAUUUCAGUUUAUUAUUUCUUUGAAAAAAAAGUGUUAACUCAAAAUUCUGCUAUUUGUUUCUUAAAUAUAAAAUUAUUGAAAUAUUUGUUUUUAAAAUAAGUAAAAUUUUUAUACAAAGUACUUUCAAUUGUAGUGAUAUUUAUUUGUAAAAAUGCAUGUGAUUUUAACUCCAUGAUUUGUAUUUAUUUUGCAUGCGAGUAUAUUUCUCCACAAAUUUACAUUCUAAAUGGCUCUCCAGUACAAAUUUACUAAACAUGUGUUUUUUAUGACACAUUCUAGUGACAGAUUGCAAAAAACAUAAAGGUACAAAUUCCCCUUGUAAUAUAGAAAUUCCCCUUGUAAUAGCAGCAGAAAUAAUUGCUCUUUCUUUUUAUGUGUGUUAAAUUCUUUCCGUGAAUGAAUAUUUGAAAACAAAGUUUUGAUUUAAAAUUUUGUUAUAUACAUUCAACAAUCCAAAAUCAGGACUUUUUAGUAUAUUGUUGUAUUUAUAUAUUAAAUCUUUAUUUUAUGUACAAAAAAAAAUCAUGUUACAAAAGUCGUUAAACACAUAGAAAAUUUUCUGAAAAUAACUUAGUCUAUAAAAUAUUAUAUCAAAAUAUUACAAAAUCAUAUUUUAAAAAUAUACAAAAGAGAUUCAGAGAUGGCUUUCAAAAUGGAGUGAUU